AUGGACAGACACAUACAAAAUUUGACGAGAGGUCAGUGUAAAGACGGUGUUGUGGUACCAGCAGUAAUUACCUCUGCACCUAAUGCUUUAUUGUAUUUACUGGCAUUAAUGUACUGCUUUCUGGGUAUAGCAAUUAUCGCAGAUGUUUUCAUGUGUUCCAUUGAAAGAAUAACAUCAACGACUAGAAAAGUUAGAUGCAAAAAUUUACGAAUAAAUCGUUUGAUCACAAAUGAAAACACGCCUGCAAAUGAAUUUAUAAACGUGCGCGUGUGGAAUCCAACCGUCGCUAAUUUAACUUUAAUGGCAUUGGGUAGUAGCGCUCCAGAAAUUUUACUUUCAAUAAUCGAAAUAAUAACUAAUAAUUUCCGGGUAGGUGAUCUCGGACCUGGAACGAUCGUUGGCUCAGCGGCGUUUAAUUUGCUAUGUAUCACAGCAGUAUGCAUAUUCUGUGUAUCUUCGCCUAAAACAAAACGGAUUGAAGAGAUUCAAGUCUUUGCUGUAACUUCACUGUUCAGUUGUUUUGCAUAUAUUUGGCUUCUAAUUAUACUUGUUGUAAUAUCACCAAAUGUUGUGGAGCUUUGGGAAGCGUUGAUGACCUUAGCAUUCUUUUUAAUGCUAAUCGUAAUUGCAUAUGCGACAGAUAAAAAAAUAUGCAAACCAAGACGUACGUGGUUACGUGGAUUGCAGAUGGAUAAAUCAAAUCAUCAGAAAUUUCAAGAACCGAUUGAUGAUGCUGAUAAUUAUUUGAAAAAGUUGAGCAGUGAGAUGGCCUGUAAAAAUCAUGAGGUGAAAUUCCUUUUCACUCCAAUGGAUAUGCUAGCUGAUAACCGUACACUUCGGCAAAUGUCUCAGUACAUAUCUCAAACUUAUCCAAAUCUGUCCUCAGAUGAACAGUCUAAGUUACUUGCAUCUAAACUAACUCAAUUACAGUUUUCAGCUUCAACAAUAAUAGAGUUUUCGGCCCGCGUUUACUCGAUUAAAAGAGGAAGCAGCAAAGUAAAGUUAAAAGUUAUUCGCAGUGGUCCUAUCGACAUUCCACUCAUUUUUCGCUAUUCGACGAAAAAUGGUGUGGCCAAAAGUGGUCUACACUUUUUAUCAAAAUCGGAAACUAUGCAAUUCACAACGAACGAAAAAAUGAAAGAUAUUUUCGUUGAUUUGGUAGAGAAUGCAAACUGGCAGCCUGGCGAUGUGUUCUAUGUGCUUCUGAAAUUGGUUGAAGAUAAUGAUGACAAAAAGGAGAAAAACGUGAAAAUUGGACAGACGUACAUUGCUAGCGUUCGAUUUCCUGAUGAUUCAGCAAGUUUUGUCGGUGAACCAAUGAUAGCAAAUGAAAAUCAAAAAUAUGUACGAGCAUUUAUUACUCGUAUUGGCCACCACAAUGAACAAACGUUUAGUGUUUACUACGAAACAGAAUCUGUCACGGCAAAAUGUAACGAAGAUUAUGAAGGAAUCAGCGAUGGAAUUUUGACGUUUUCGGAAAACGAAUAUGAAAAGUAUAUUGACGUCAACAUUUACGAUGAUUUGCUUGAAGAAAAAGACGAAACUUUCAAUAUUAAUCUCAUUUCUGCUACUGGAGUGGUAACAAUCGGUCCUAACAAGCGUACUGUAAUCACUAUUGUUUGUGAUGAUAAUAUGUUAAGAAACAUUAGGAACCUUCGCAAACUCACUUCACAUUAUAUGCUAAAAAUGAGGCAUGAGACAAAUUCAUGGCUGGAACAAAUCAUUGAAUCGAUCAGCGUUAAUGCUGGUGAUCUCUCGAAUGCUACACUAGCUGAUUGUUUGAUUCAUAUACUUGUAUUUCCAUGGAAGGUUUUAGCUGCUUUAAUACCUCCAGCCUCAUUUAUGGCUGGAUGGUCUGCUUUUAUUUGUGCAUUAAUUUUAAUUGGCUUAAUUACAGCUAUUGUUGGUGACUUGGCAAGUAUAUUUGGUUGUAUGGUUGGCCUGCAUGAUGCUGUAACGGCAAUUACGCUAGUUGCGCUUGGUACUAGUCUACCGGACACGUUUGCAUCAAAAAUUGCCGCUCAAAAUGAUAUAUCAGCUGACAAUGCUAUAGGCAAUAUUACGGGUUCAAAUGCCGUAAAUGUUUUCCUUGGGCUUGGAUUACCAUGGACUAUUGCUGCUAUGUACUGGUUCAUGCAGAACAAAGUAUUCAUAGUCGAUGCUGGCAAUUUGAGUUUUAGUGUUGCAAUAUUCCUGGCUACAUCAGCGUUAUGCUUAGUGCUUUUAAUAACUCGACGACAUUUGACAUUCUUCGGUAAAGGUGAACUAGGAGGUCGCAUAUAUCCCAAAACUCUUAGUGCAUUAAUACUUAUUAUUUUAUGGCUUGCUUAUAUAUUUUUGUCUAUUUUACAAACUUUAAAUUAUUUGUCUAUUUGA